ACAUAGUGACUCCAAUUAUAAGAUAUUUUGCUGUUUACAUUUAUAUAUAUAUUCAGUUCUUUAUUUAUGUCAUACGUGAAGUUUUUUGUCAAUUAGUAAUCGUUGUCCAAUUGAUAAACAAAAAUGGAUUUUAUUGACGAUUUCAUAGAAGAGUACAAGAGCAAUCCGUGCUUGUGGAAAGCCGAUUCAGUUGAUUUUAGAAACCGAAACAAACGACAAGAAGCAUAUUUAAGAUUAAUUGCUGUAGCCACCAAACAUGGAGAACUAUAUAAUGUUGAAAGAACAAAACAGAAAAUAAACAAUCUUCGAUGUGCAUUUCGUCACCAGCUGCGAAAGUACAAUGAAGUUAAAAAGAAAGGGGAAAAGUAUGAGCCGUAUUGCCCCAAGCGGAGAUACUUUGAAUCUCUUAUGUUUCUGAAGGACGAGGAGAUACCUGAGAAAAAAAUCAAACGUGAAGACAACCUACCCUUACAGCAGCAAAAUACAGAUAUAACUGUAGCACAGCCCGAGCCCCUCGAGGAAUAUUCGGAUGCUGAGAGCUUGCCUAAACAAAUGAAAAGCGAUAAUAAAUUAUCACCGAGCAACAGCAAUAGCGCCAACGAUUUCUGUGCCAAUUUAUUCGAGGAAACAGAAGUAGAUCCAAAUUUCAGCAUCCAAACUGUCAACUCUUCCAACAAUCAGACAACAAUCAAGGAAGUGGAGGUUAUAUUGCCAGCCGACAACAGCAAUAUAUCCGAGAGCAGAAAAUCAUUUAAUAAUUCCGUCAACACUAACAACAACACCAAUAGCUCGCUGAACGAUAAAAUUAACUCCACAGUCCACAUUAUAGAAUCCAAUCGCGAUAAACGCGCGCGAUUCAUCAAGAACAAUCGGAAACGCACCUCGUCCGCAUCCUCACAGGUCUCAAAUGAUAAUCAGGAGACAACGCCGCCUGGGAAAUGCAGGGCCGACAUUUCCAACAUCGAUUUCGAUCGUCUCUUGUCGUUAGCUCUUAAGAAUGCCGAUAAUCAAUUGGAUGAUAGUUUUACGAAUUUUGGCAAAGUAAUAGCCCACAAGUUGCGCUCCAUGGAGCACACACAAGCGAUCUACGCUGAGAAAAUAAUCGCCGAUGUUCUCUAUCAGGGCCAGAUGAAAAUGCUAUCCGCAAUAAGUAUAACCCAAUUUCUAGGUGUAGAUAAUGCAACUGUUUAUGUUGAAAGUCCUCCAAAAUAAUUGUUCUCAAAAUAACUAAU